GUCGGCAAUGAGGUCUGCCAUUAAUCUACUCCUCACCAACAUGGCGUUUAGUGACAUAUGUACCGCGACCUUCUCGAUGACGUUUUCGUUUUCUGCAUUGUUCUGGAAGGAGCACGUUCUAGGCCCAGAAUCGUGUAAGGCGAUGCUAUUUCUGCUGGACACUUUCGUAUCUGUGGGGGUGUUCAUGAUUCUUACCAUCAGCAUGGACAGAUAUAUGAUAAUUGUUCAGCGAAAAGACAAACUGACAACAUGUCGCGCCAAGAUAUUGAUGGUCGCCUCUUGGUUGAUAUCUAUGGUGAUGGCGUUUCCGUCAACGGUUGGAUGGGGUGACUACAAAUUUAUCCGGAGUCACGCGAUUUGUCGUCUUACAUUUGACGGUCAAGCACGUGACAUUGGAUUCAUGAUUUUAAAGCUGUGUAUCACAUACUUCAUUCCCGUCAUAGUAAUGGCGUUCUCGUUCAUACAAAUAUUAGGAUCGGUUCGUAAGAACAAGAGUAGGGUUCACAACCAUCCGAACAUGGACUUCAGCGUAAGUGUCAUCAGUAACAAUGGCAGACUGGGGAUACCCGUUUUACAAAGGUCGUUUAGGGUAAGCCUCGACAUGAGUUUUAAAACCAGAGCAUUCAAAACCAUCCUUAUCCUCUUCAUCACGUUUGUCUUGUGUUGGACUCCGUACGCCCUAAACAUACUAAUUUCCCAGUCCGAGGGGACAGUGAGCAGGACCAGGCACCUGGUUCUGUUGUGGAUCGGUUACGCCAACAGUGCUAUAAACCCUGUAAUUUACAGUAUCCGGAUAAAGAAGUUUCGCCAGGUAUGUGGUAUGUGGUUCCCCAGCAGACUUAAGGCCAGGGCGAGUCUCACGAGUAAUACUAAGCGUAGGAUCAACCCCAGCGCCAUGUACGAGUUUCAGGAACAAUCGAGCGCGUCUAACUGAACCACUUAAUAAGUUUAUGCCAAAUAUAUGUUUUCAGGUCUCCAUACAUUUCGACAUUCUUGUUAGGCAUGUAAGUGGCGAUUAAACACGAAGACGUAUUAUUUUUUAAUCGAACUAAGUCGGAGAAAACCUGACUAUGAAUUAAACACUGCUACCUACAAGUCUUUACAAGAAAGCGGAACAUUACGAUUGGUGGCCUCUGUAUCUGGCUAUCUGCCUUUUUAUCUUGUACAACGUGAUCAUGUUUUCAUUGCAGUCACCGUUUUCUAUCGUGAACACCGGACAUAAACCAAUCCAUGAAAGAGUCCUUUUUAUUUUGUGGAUGUGUCAAAUGUUUUUGGCGGGUCUUUGUUUAAGUUAUCAGCUAAACAAAUUAUGUGUACUUCGUGUGUAAGAACUGUAACAUAAUAGAGUAAGUUACGGAGAUUUGAGUAAUUUACAUGUAUACAGCGAGGUAUG